AUGAGAAAGCCAUGGUUUAGAGAAGAUGAGCAACCUGCCCAAGGUCGUACAGCUGGAGAUUUUGGCCGCUGGAUCACCGUGGGCAACUGCCUGCACAAGACCACCGUGCUGGCGGACACCGCCUGCCUCUUCACCCCGCUGGUGCUGCCCCUGGGUUACUCCCACUGUAUCUCCCUGCCCGCGGGCAUGCUGAGCCUGGCCUGCUGCACCCUCUACGGCAUCUCCUGGCAGUUCGACCCCUGCUACAAGUACCUGGUGGAGUACGACGCCUACAGACUGUCCCGGCUGCCCCUGCACACACUCACCUCCUCCACCCGGGUGGUGCUGGUCCUGAAGGACGACUUGCACAGAAAGAGACGGCACAACGCGAUAGCACUGGCGGCUCUGGUGUACUAUGUAAAGAAGAUUUACGAGCUCUGCGCUGUAUGA